GGUGGGGCUAUCUGGGGCAGAAACUGGUGAUGGGGGCCUGUGUGCAGCCCUCCCUGCCUUAUAGGUGCUGGCAGGGGGCUUUAGGACCUUGGGGACAUUGGUGGCAGUGGCGAUGCGAGCCCUCGCCUGGGCCCCAGUCCUGGCCUCCGCGCGCCGCCUCGCAGCUGCGGCAGUUGGGGCCCGGGAGGCGGCGGAGGAGGACGGCGCGGGGGGGACUGGGGCUCAGGCGAGAGGGAGGGCGGGAGCGGCGGGCCGGGCGUCUACUGGCGCUGCCCGCCGCUUGACUCUCUUGCUCCUGUGUGCCAAAAGAGCCGAGCAGCUGGCGCAGCCAGUCGGCUCCUUCGGCAGUUACCUUGGCCCGCACUUGCUCUAUGAGGUCCUCGCUCAUAGCGAUGGCCGGCGGUUCCCUUGUAGGAGGCAGGAGAGGGGGUGCAGUUGUGGAGGGAAGAGAUGCAGCUCCGUGCCUGCUGUGUGACCCCUGCAGAGAAAACUGGCAAGCAGAAGGGGAGGGGCAGCUCCACCCUCCCCUCUUUCUUUUGGUAUGUGGCAUUCUGAAAACCGGUUUUUGCCUCCUCCCUCUCCCCUCCCCUCUGUCACACGUCUGUGCUGCCACCGGAGGAAACGAGUAGGGGGGAUAGAAAAAGGGGAGGGGGAAUAGAGGGAGUGAGUGCAUCAUCCUGCCGCUUCCUCUCGCUGAACCCUUUCUCUGCCGGAACAGCCUGUUAGACAGGAGACAUACAGACAACGCCUGCUGCUCCUCCUCCCGCUCUCCUCAUCCUCUGGAGACGUGUCCUGCACUACUGAAAGACUCAGGUCCCCGCCGGAGAUCAGCGUUUGCUCCACCCCCUCUUAGCCUUGACUUGGUACGUGUGUGAGCCGCUUGGAUCAUCCUUAUCCCUUGAGCACAUCUCAGGGUUCUAAUCGUUUCCCCACUCCAGGACAUCCCCAGCUCGGAUUAUAGCUUUCUGCAGUCUCCUGCCAUCACAGAAGGAAGGGAAAGGAGACGAAAAAAACAACAGUUUCCCUCCAGAAAUCACCCAAGCUCCACAAAACAAUUAGUAUACCACAUCCCUUUUGUGCUGUCUGCUGAACUCCACGCUACUCCGGGCAUUCUCUCCAUUUUGCAUUUAUUUUUUUGUUGGGGGGUUUUCUUUCCUUUUAUAUUGUAAACGUACACAUUGUCUGCCUUCCUUGUUGGCCGAUUUGUGCACCAUGAGGCUGACAAAAAACGGGCGCGCUGUGUCCCACGGGCUGGAAGCUGGAGAUGGCCGGGUGGAGGAGCUGGCCCGACCCGUCAGGAACCCCUUUGUGCAUGACCUGCGCUUCAGCCCGCUGCAGAAAGCCAAAAUCCUCUUCAUGACUUUGACUGUGUUCCCCAUUCGACUCUUCUUUGCUGCCUUCAUGAUGCUUCUGGCUUGGCCUUUUGCUUUUAUUGCUGCAAUGGGUCGUACAGAGAAAGACCUUGAAAAGCCAUUGUCCUGGUGGAGAAAGGUUCUGGACUUGCUACUGAAAGCAAUAAUGAGGACUAUGUGGUUUGCUGGGGGUUUUCACUGGGUGACGGUAAAGGGACAGCAGGCCUUGCCAGCAGAAGCUCCAAUACUAACCCUAGCGCCACACUCUUCCUACUUUGAUGCUAUUCCAGUCACAAUGACUAUGGCCUCCAUUGUGAUGAAGGCAGAAAGCAAAGACAUUCCAGUUUGGGGAACUUUAAUCAACUACAUUCGACCAGUAUUUGUAUCACGUUCUGAUCAGGAUUCUCGUAAAAAGACAGUGGAGGAAAUCAGAAGACGAAGUCACUCAAAUGGCAGGUGGCCACAGGUAAUGAUUUUUCCAGAGGGAACCUGUACCAACAGAUCCUGUCUCAUUACCUUUAAACCUGGUGCCUUUAUUCCUGGAGUCCCGGUACAGCCUGUGGUUUUAAGAUACCCAAAUAAGGCGGACACAAUAACCUGGACCUGGCAGGGACCUGGAGCGAUGAAAAUAUUGUGGCUUAGUUUAUGCCAAUUUCAUAACUAUGUAGAGAUUGAGUUUCUUCCAAUUUAUACUCCAUCAGAAGAGGAAAAAAAGAAUCCUGCACUGUAUGCAAACAAUGUGAGGCGAGUAAUGGCCAAAGCACUGGGAGUGUCUGUCACAGAUUAUACAUUUGAAGACUGCCAGCUGGCACUGGCUGAGGGGCAACUACGUCUCCCUUCAGAUACUUCACUUCUGGAGUUUGCAAGACUGGUGCGAAGCCUUGGUCUUAAACCAGAAAAACUUGAGAAGGAACUUGAUGCAUUCUGUGAAAGCGCCAGGAAAAGAAAUGGGAAGAAGAUCACCCUUCAUGAGUUUGCUGCAUACUUAUAUGUUCCAGACACAGAAAAAUUAGCAGACCUAUUUGCCUUAUUUGAUGAAAAUGAAGAGGGCACUAUUGACCUAAGAGAGUAUGUUAUUGCUCUCUCUGUUGUGUGUAGACCUUCAAAGACUUUAGAAACCAUUAAACUAGCAUUCAAGAUGUACCAGUCAGAAGAUGGAAAAACCAUAGUAGAAGAGGACCUUGCAGUAAUUUUGAAGACUGCGUUGGGAGUAUCAGAGCUGAAUGUUUCAGAUCUCUUCAGAGUGAUAGAUGAGGAAAAUAUGGGGAAAAUAACAUAUGAUGAGUUUAACAGUUAUGCAAUGAUGAACCCAACUUUUGCUGAAGAUUAUCUUUACCCAGAUCUGGUGGACAUGGAUUCAUGUAUGGAAAGCCACUCACCUACAACCCCUAAUGGCAUCUGUCCAGAUUUUACACCAGAGGAAAUAGAGAGGCCAGAAAACCACAACAAGCAAAAGAAGUUGAACUAAUCCAAAUAACACUUCCAGUGGCAUAGUACCUCUUUUACAUCUCUCUAAAUAAUUGUACCAAUUUUUACACAUUAUCUGUAUUCCACUUGAUGAUUAAGUUUAUUUUUAUUGCAUUCUUUAACCAAUUAUAAGGUGUUUUUGAAAUCAAAGAUCAAGUGCUCUGCCACCUAUGUGUGCGGUAAAAUAAACAACUAGCUUAACUAAAAACUUGACUGCUUUUAUGAAGGUUAAAUUAUUAAAAAAUUAUAACUUUAUCACUGAAAAUUGCUGUAGGAGAUUGGGCAGUCACUGCUACUUUGAAAUCCUCCAAUACAAGCAAUGUCUGCCUUCUUUUCUUUGGAAGAAGGUACGAAGAGCCACAAAUAAUGUUAACAUUUCAAAGCUGUUUUAAAGACAAAUGGCAAUGUUUGGUCAAUGUUUAAAAGUAUUAUGUAAAUCUCCCCCAUACCUGUUGUGUUAAGAGAUCUCUCUUUAUCAGUUUUGCAGUUGGCAAGUUGCACCGCUGUAUAGCACUUUAUUUUUCUUCUUUUGAUUGUUGGUGUGAAGAACCUAAAAUUCCCUUGGCAAAGAAGCAGCACAUACGUACUCUUCAUUCCUUCCUGUGCUGUACAAAGCGUGCAUGUACAUCAGAAAAUAAAGUAACAAGCUCGGUGUCUUGUGCACUUUGGUGAAUUGUUUUGUUUUAGAUUAAAGGUUUUUUUGUGUUGAAUUUAUGAAUUAUCAAUUACUGAUGAUUAUUUUGUUUCAGUAACAUAUUUUUACAUUAUCCAGACUUCAGAGUAGAUAUACAAACAGUGCUCUCAUAUUGAAAAUGAUGUUUUGUGUGUUUUUUAUUUUAUCAGUCUUAAAUUAUGUUAGAAGUGUGUUUUUGUUUGGCAACUGGGCUUACAGUCUUCCAUUACCUCAAAGUUUUUUUUUUGUUUUCUUUUGGUUGGCUGUCAGAGAUGGACCAGAAUGGUUUUGUCUAUUUCAUUCUUACCUCUGCUGGCAUUUGGAGUUAGUUGCACGAUAAUGUGAAUAUAUCUGUUUUUGUUUGUUUUUUUGGUUUUUUUCCCCCAGUAGCCAGAUUGAACAUUGAAUCCAACUGAGCCAAGAGAGGAAUUUGCCCUGCUUUCUCCCGGUAUUUGCAAACUAUAGUAUAUUUCUGACUGACAGCUGUUAUUUCACAACACCACUGCUUUUUAGAAAUUGAUGUCAAUGAAAACCAAGAUGUUUGAUUACUCAGGUUGAUAUUAUGUGAUGGUGAGCUUUUGUGUCCAGGACAAAUUCAUUAGGUAUCCAUAAGCUGUGCUUUUGAUACCUCUCAUUUGUUAUGUUCAGUUUUUCCUUUUUCAAUUCAACAAUGCUGAAUGCUAUCACACAUGAAGCAAUCCAGCAAGAUGCCAAUCAUCAUAUACAGAAAUCAAUCAUCAAAGGAGAAUGUGUACUCAUGGGCAAUUUUUGACCCUGUUGUGUAAGCCAGUGUUUUUCAACCUUUUUUGGGCAAAGGCACACUUGUUUCAUGAAAAAAAUCACGAGGCACACCACCAUUAGAAAAUGUUAAAAAAUUUAACUCUGUGCCCAGCAGCAGUGCCCCCCUAGUACAUUGGUGCCAAGAGCAGUGCCCCCCUAGUACACUGGUGCCCAGCAGCAGUGCCCCCCUAGUACAUUGGUGCCCAGCAGCAGUGCCCCCCUAGUACAUUGGUGCCAAGAGCAGUGCCCCCCUAGUACAUUGGUGCCCUGCCUACGGCACACCAGGCAACAUCUCGCGGCACACUCGUGGUUGAAAAACGCUGGUGUAAGCAGCCAAAAUGAUGUUGCAGCUGGGCUAGAUACCAGCUGCUGCUGUUAUUUGUUGGCUUAUUUGUUGCAAUGGGUGACUAAACUAGAGCAACAUUUUCCCAUUACUACAUAACGUCCAGAGUUCUUGUUCUUUUGCUCAGUGGUUUUUGCAGCAUAAUACAAAAGCCAGAUGAUGACUUUUCCGAGUUCCUGUUGCACGUUCUGGUAACUGAAACUCAGUCCAUAAUUCAUCUCAUAUUAAAGAUGUGUGCUUUUUUGUUUCCUUCCUUAAAAGGCUUUGAAAGCCACUCUCAAAAGAAACCUAUAACAUUACCUUUGAAAAACACUGUACAUUUAAAUCAUUCUUGUGCAACUGCUGAAUCAUGGGUAAUUCUGAUUAUGACUUAUGUAAAACAUUGUUACCAAUAAAUGAAGUAACAAACAAACAAAAUGAUUCUGCUUGCUGUUUAAUUCAGUUCAGGGAACCAUGUAAGUGUUUCUCUAUAGUAAAGUGUGUUAACCUGGGAACACACUUGACCUUGAAAAAUGUUCUUUAUGAGUUAAGGAAUGCAAAAUGCACCUCUGUUUGAAAGGUCUGCUGAUGUCUCUUUGAUCCCUGUUAAACAAUAGUUACACCUGGUGACUAUUUUUGGAGGAGGGACUGAGGACCUGGAUAGGGGUAAUAUGUAAAAGGCAGAAAAAUACUUGUAAAAUAAAAUAAAAGGUCAAGAUGAAACAGGGAUUUAAUAUUUUUAUUACUUUUUUAUUGUCUUUUAUAAAAAUUGCUUACCAGUUUCACUUGUGCCCAAAAAAGGUUUGUGUAUGUAUGUGUGUGUGUGUGUGUAUAAAUGUGUGUGUGUGUGUGUAAAUAUAUAUAUAUAUACACAUACACACACAAAAGUGCACACAUACCACUUAGAUGACUUUUUUCCUACAUGCUAUGUAUAUCUAAAAUUGCUUUCUUCAGAUGAGUACAUCUUAAGGAGAACAAACUAUAGCUAUUUUUUCUAUUUUAGGUGAUUUAAACAUUUCAUACAGUGUACUGGCGUUAUUUUUUAGAUCAUUCUUUACAGAAAAAAUGCAAUAUGGUGAAAUUUAAUGUAAAUGUAGCUCAUUUUACUGUAGCACAGACUUUUAACCUUUGUCUUGUUUACUAAGUGAGCUAAUGAGAUAAUUGCACUGGUUGUGUACCUUUUUCUUUCACUUAUGCUGAUUUACACGGUAAAUGGAAAUUUGGAUACUUGCAGAUGGCCGGUUUGGCCUGUCAGUGGUCAACUUGGCUGUUUAUCCACAAAGGCUGCUGCUGAUGUCAUAGGUUCUAUCUAGAUGUUGAGAUAGUUUGUGGCUGUAGAUUAAAAGGCUAGCUAAACCGCAAUGCUAUCAGGCAUUCAAAAAAAAAAAAUCAAAUAGACCCAGUCAUUAGACCAUCAGUUUUUAAACCUGUGCUUUUACCUCACCAACAGUUUGUUUUUUUAAUAUCAUUUUUAACCUAUAUUAACAAAAGACCCUUCAUAAAAAAGGUCCAAAACAUUCCAGGGAAUAUAUCCCAUACCUAUAUACAAAUAGUAGACCUAAUUUAGUUCAGUGAAGAAAACAUAUAUUGUCUAUUAAGUAUAUUGAUGUUAAUACACUUGUAUAUGCAGAGCUGUACAUAUCAAACUAUUCAUAGAAAAGCUGGGGAGGAAAACAAUAGAUAAGAAUAUAUACAUAAAAUAUAUGUCCUAAAAAGGGCGCUGACUGCUCAGUUGAUUCUAGUAAACCAGGAAGAAUUUUGGGAUUAAUCAUCCCAAAUACCAAAUUCAGUCAUCUCAGGGUUACAUUAGAAAAUGAAGCAACGCAUUUGUUUUCCCAGCUGCAACGUUAUUACUGUACAUUAUUGCCAGUGGGAAAGCAUUUGCAGGAGAUUAGUUGCCUGUGCUAGAGCAGAUUUAUUUUGGACAACUAAUCUCAAUGUGUGCCAUCAACCUUAGAAUUAGUUCUGAAGCAAUCUAAUUAUGAGCAAUGUACCAGGAAACUGUUAGCUGGUAUUGAUCAAUAUUGAUAAUUGUCAAAUUUUGCCUAUAGUCUUCCGAGAUCAAGCUUUAUUUUGGCUGUUUUGGGAUAUCCCAAAGCUCCAUUAAUGAUAAUUUGAGAUUUAUCGAACUAACUGGACUGACUUGAAUUGAUUGGAAAGGAGAAAUGCUUCCUAUAAAAUUCAUCAAAUACCAAGUUAAAAUGUCUUUAAGUCAGCCUCUAAGUGCCAAAGACAAAGGAGGCCCUGUAUAGUUUAUGAUUUAGCAGCCCAUAGAAAGGCCAACUUUCUCCUCUUGACUGCACUGGGCCACACAUUUUAAACAGUAAACAAUAAUUCUGCUGUUUUCCAUCUCAUUUCUGUGUGGAUAUCUGUACUUGAAACUGACUGCUAGUACUAUUAUCAUUUUCUCUCUUGCCUUGUCUAUUUCUUACUUUGGUAUGCACCAAUGAAUUUUUUAAUUUUUUUUAAUAAAUUUUAAUGCAAUAAUGCCCAUACGUAUGGCAAGUAUGUUCCCAGAAAUGGUUGUUGCCAUAUUUGAAUAGUUAUUAGAUUUAUAUGGGGUUAUGGUUAACCAAACGAGUUCUAUGACUACAUAAGUUUUCAAGUGCAAGUGAUUAGUUUAUUUGUUUCUGCACAAAACCAAGAGUGACCCAAAGUCACAGUUACUUAGCAGAUCUUCACAGAACAUUUUCUGAAGGAGAUGUCAUUUUGGUCUGUCUGGAUCAAAUGACCACUAGAGCCAAGCUUAUUCUUCAUAUAGUCAAUUAUCUAAUAUUAUGUGUUGUAUAGAUUAGAAUAAAUGGAGUCCUACUUGAUGGCCAUACAUGGACAGUUUUAAAGUGGUACUGACACUAAAAAAACUACUCAUAAUAUUAAUGUACAUUGAAAGUUCCAUAUAGGCCAAGUUGAUAGUGUUUUGCUGACAGGACUGCUUUUAUAAGUAAUUGGUACUUCCUGAUUGUUUUGCUGACCUGACUGUCCCUUCUCAAUGUGUCAGUUAUAGCUUCUAAUGCAAAUGAUUACUGCUGCGCAAAUAUGGCAGCCCCAUCAUAGAGGAACAUGGGGGAUCAGAUAGGUAAUGUAAAAGGAUCAGGUGAAUACUUUCACGGCGGAAUUCUAAAGGGCACGAAAACACGCUGUUAUGACAAUUGUAAAAAAGUUUUCAUUUCUGGUGUCAGUAUCUCUUUAAAUUGCUGAUUUGAAACCUUACGACUAUUGGCAGCUUACCUGCCUGUGUAUGUAGACCCCCGGCAGGCCUCCUCGACAGAUACCUGGAGGAAAAUUGGGCAGAUGUCAAUCAGACAGGUUUGAUUUUCCUGUCGGAUUAGGGACCGCAUCUGCAUUGAUGCAAUUCUCGCUCGGACAGCUUCUAUACACGUCAUCAUAAAUCAAUUGUUUGGCCCUAGGACCAAGCAAUCGAAUUAACCUUAGGUGGGCAUAUAGGGAGAAAGGUCCACUUGUUUGGCGACCUCGCCAAGCAGUUGGAUCUUAACAUGUAUGGCCACCUUUAGUGUGCACAGAUAGACAAUCUUGCCUUAUGAUGGCCUGCCUGUUAGCAAUUACAACAGCAGUGUAUAUUGAGGACUACCAUGCCAGAAACUACUUUUUAACCAGAACCAGGUAUAAUAAGACUCCCCAGUCAAAACUGAGCCAGGACACAGCAGCAGCUUCAGGCAGUUAUUUAAAAAAGUUAUUUUUUGACAAUUACUAAUAUUCCUGAGUCCAAAGAUUAUGCAUUUGGCUAGGCAGGAAUGCCAUUAUAUAUCACAAAAUAAUUAAGAAAUGGCUGAAAUGUUCAAAUGGUGAGUCCACUUGUCAGCUGCCAAUAAAAAUAUAAUCUUACUCUGCAACAUUAAUUACUUUUCGUUCUCCACAGUUUUAUUUGUGAAAUAAAGUUCGUUUCCUUGUAGAUUUAAUUAUGUGGGUUAUGUGACACACCGGAAAGUGUUUCCACUGUUAAAAUCCUUUGUAGCAUGUAAUCUUCAUUUGACAUGGCAACAACACUCUUAUUUUAAACUUUUGUCAGUAUUGUGUUUUAAGUAAUAUUGUAUUUGCCUUUCUGUUUAUUUUUUUAAGAUAAUGCAUUUUUGUAGCUACACCGAUACUCUUCUUACUUAUUCUUGCUUAUACAGCACCUAUUUGAUAUCUUUCAUGUAUCUGUCUAAAACAUUUUCAGUGUUAAGUUCAAUAAAAAAAAAAAAAUCCUCUAGUA